AAAAUGUUUUUGCAAGGAAACUUCCAAAUCAAGUCGCCAUUUAAUAGCACUGAUUGCGCAUGUCCGUUGCCAUGCAACAAAGUGGAAUACACCGGAAGGAUAUCCACAGCCGCCUUCCCAAACUACGACAAAAACUCGACUCAGAAAAGGGGCAGUAGAGUGGAGAUCAAGAUCUACUAUGACCACCUGUUGACCUUGACCGAGGAGCAGAUUAAGAAAUAUACCUGGCCUGACCUAUUUGGUUCCGCAGGAGGCAUGAUCGGUCUGUUUACAGGUGCCAGUAUACUCACCCUCCUGGAGUUUGUGGAACUGAUGGCCAUGUGUACCUGGGUCAGCCUCAAGAUGCUCUACUCAAAGACUUCGUUAAGAUCUAAAAACAGAUCGAAAUGUGUUGCCCAUGUGAAUAAAAGUUUUUGUUAAGAUGAUAACCAAAUACAAUUUAAUACUCUGUG